AACAGCCGCCGGCACCCUGGCCGCCAAACACGACGCGGAGCUGAUGAUUCGCCCGAGGUCAAACUCUCCAAAUUUCUCUCGUACGUUCUCCGUCACGGCGCAUCCAAGGAGGGCCUAACCCUCCGCGACGACGGCAGUAUUCUACUGAGCACCCUCCAGCAGCACAAAAAACUCCAAUCCACGACAUUCGCACAAAUCAAGCACAUUGUAGACACAAACGACAAAAAGCGCUUCACUCUUUUUGAAGAAGAGGCGAAUGAAGUGGGUAGCACCCGGGUAUGGUAUAUUAGGGCGACCCAGGGUCAUAGCGUGGAUAUAAAGGCGCCACCUUUGGUUUUGCUCACUGAGGAGACUGUGCCCAGACAUAUUAUUCAUGGAACAACCAGGGAGAAAGUGCCUGUGAUUCAGAAGGAUGGGCUGUCGCGGAUGCAACGGACGCACAUUCAUUUUGCUACCGGACUGGCCGGCGACCAGGAGGUUGUCAGUGGAAUGAGGAAGACCUCCGAUGCUUUCAUCUAUAUUGAUUUCCCCCGGGCGAUGCAAGAUGGGAUUGAGUUUUAUGUUAGUGAGAAUAAUGUCAUUUUAUCAAGGGAUUGCGUGACUCUGGCGUGA